CUAUUCACCGUCGAAAAACAGCUUCAAAAGUUGUAUUUUGAAUUCCAUUUACGAAUACUGUGCAAUGUCGCUCAAUUUAUCGCACUUGCAGAGGUGCAUCAUUUCAGCCAUAGCUUACUCUGUCUGCUUUUUGAUUGAAAUUUGCUGCUGUGUACUCUUAUGGUUCGUAAUUUCAUCGGAUUGUGUAAAGGCACGUGAAGAUUCCUCAAGAAUUUGGUGGGCGUUUAUUUGUGUCUUUGUGCCAAUCCUGCCGGAUAUAUUAUACUGCAUCAUGGGCAUUCUACUACCAGAACCGUUCUAUGCUGCUAUGGGUGGCUGCUAUAAUAUUGUGAUGGGUUGUUUUUGCAUAAUAUCGGGUAUAUUAGCAUUUGUUUCACACACUGGCUGUGGGAAUCCCGCACAGAUAUUAGGUCUAAUAGCUGGCGCGUUGGGACUUUUAGCUGGUAUAAUCCACUUGGUAUUCGUGUGGUUCGUUAAAGAAAACCUCGAUGAGGGUGAAGUUUUGUUUAAGAAAACAUUUUAGAAGAGGUUUGACGGUUUACUUAUAUGAAAAUGUUACAUGCCUACGUAGGUAUG